AUGACCGGAUUAGUUGGACAUGAGUUUUAUCUAUUUGGAGAUACAUCUGUUCCCAAAGAAGUGAUUGAUCAGCUGCACAUGAUUAAGUAUGUCUUUGAAACGGAGCGUUAUGACGGUCUGAUGGAUGAAGUUGCGAUUUAUAGUAUCUUGGAUGUUGUUGCAGACAAAACCGAGCUGCUUCGUCAUUAUUCCUUGCUAGCAUGGCUUGGAACGAAGUCACUUAAGGAUCAGAAAGCCGCAAUUUCGACUCUUUUCAACAAUUUGAAGCAAAGUGUGAGCACCAAAUUCAUUCUGCCAAAUAUUUUGGAGAAUGGAAAGAAGGAAAGAGACAUUUCUUAUGUUUUGGCUUUAGCUGUGGAGAGGGAAUGGUGGUUGAGCAUUUCGACGAGUGAGAUGUACCAUGUUCUAGGAAUUUCUUCCGACUUCAAGACGGAUGAAGAUUUUGUUAAAGAAUUGGGACCAUUACUUUGGGGUAAAUUUGACCAUAUCGGAAAAGAGGAUUUUGUAAAGUUGAUGUUGACGAAAAUGCGAGAACGAUCAAGAGAUGAAAUUAUGUGGACGAACAUUAUUUACAAGAUGCGGAGUGACAAAAGUGUUAUUAUGCCCUGUGACGAAUUGUUAAAUGAGCUUCUUCGGACGUACGACACAAAUGCAGUAUUUAUCGUCCAGCGGUAA